AUGCUGCGCGGGCCCCGGGCUCUGGCUCCGGCCGCUGGGCAGCCCCUGAAGGGGGUGCCCGCGAUGAGCCCCACCGAGCUGUGGCCGCCCGGCCUCAGCAGUCCCCAGCUCUGCCCGGCUACCACCACCUACUACACCUCGUACCCGCAGACGGUGCCUUCUGUCGUGGCGCCGGGCACCUGCCUCGACGCCACCCCCCACGGACCAGAGGGCCAAGCUGUGCGAUGCGUGCCGGCAGGCCGGCUGCCGGCCAAAAGGAAGCUGGUCCUGGAGGGGAUUGGGAGGCCUGUAGUCCCUGAAUUCCGGACUCCCAAGGGGAAGUGCGUCAGAGUGGAUGGCCUCCCCAGCCCCAAAACCCCCAAGUCCCCUGGGGAGAAGACUCGGUAUGACACGUCGCUGGGGCUGCUCACCAAGAAGUUUAUUUACCUCUUGAGCGAGUCUGAGGAUGGGGUCCUAGACCUGAACUGGGCUGCUGAGGUGCUGGAUGUGCAGAAGCGGCGCAUUUACGACAUCACCAAUGUGCUGGAGGGCAUCCAGCUCAUCCGCAAGAAGGCCAAGAACAAUAUCCAGUGGGUAGGCAGGGGAAUAUUUGAAGACCCCACCCAGCUGGGGAAGCAGCAACAGCUGGGGCAGGAACUGAAGGAACUGAAGAAUGUGGAGCAGGCCUUGGACCAGCUCAUUCAGAGCUGCUCUCUGAACUUCAAGCACCUGACGGAGGACAAGGCCAACAAGAGACUGGCCUAUGUAACUUACCAGGACAUCCGGGCUGUCAGCAACUUUAAAGAGCAGACGGUGAUUGCUGUCAAGGCCCCCCCCCAGACGAGACUGGAAGUGCCCAACAAGAUGGAGGAGAACCUGCAGAUACAUCUCAAGAGCACUCAAGGGCCCAUCGAAGUAUACCUGUGCCCAGAGGAGGUGCAGGAACCAGACAGUCCUGCCAGGGAGCCCCUCCCCUCCACCUCUAGCCUCAGCCCCAGCCUGGACUCUGCCCGGCCCAGCAGCAGCACCAACCCUGGGAUCACGGAACCCACAGCAUCCUCAGCACCAGGAACAACUCCCCAGCAGGCCCAGCCACCGCCACCGCCAUCCCUUGUCCCCUUGGAGGCCACUGACAGCAUGCUGGAGCUGCCGCAUCCACUUCUGCAGCAGACCGAGGACCAGCUCCUGACCCCGACCCUGACAUGCAGCUCCCCUCUGAUCAGCUUUUCGCCACCCUUGGACCAGGACGACUACCUCUGGGGCUUGGAUGGGGGUGAGGGUAUCAGCGACCUCUUUGAUUCCUAUGACCUUGGGGACUUGUUGAUUAAUUGA